AUGGGCCCGCUCGACCCAUCUGCGGCCCGCCCUCAGGUCGACCGGGCCGCGCCCCGCGCCACCGCCGCUCCCGCCGCCGAGCCUCACCACCAGCGCGCACCACCGCUGCCACCUCGCCGUGUCCCGCCGCCUCGGGGCUCCGUCCGCGCCCCCAUGCCAGCGCCGCACCGUCGCCUACGCUCCUCCUUCAUCGGGAAACCCGCCGCCCUGUCCUCUCGAGGGCCGAAAUCCCACGAACCACCCCGAGCGCCGCCACUCCCACGGUCGCAAAAGCGGCAGGCCACCGUCGCGUCGGGGCCGACGCCGCGGCGCCCACGGGCUGACCUCGCAUCCCCGGGCGACGUGGACGCGCUCCGCGCGAGGUUCCGCCGGGAAAGCCCGGCCCUCAACGACGCCCGCUGCGGCGAUCUCUGCCUCACCUGCGAUAUCUACGGCGACGCCGACGAGCUCAAGUACUACGACGCCGUCCUCGAAACCGUGGAGAAGGCAGCGCACGGCACCGUGGACGGCGUGGAGCGGUGCGCGUGCCGUUUCACCGUGCGCUGGACGGAGGGGCCGCGCCGCGGUUGCUGGGACAACGUGGGCGUCGAGGUGGUCUGCUGCGUGCAGGAGUCACCGAUCCAAGAUCCGGUGCUGAUCGAGUUCCUGGACGAUGUGAAACAGGUUUGGCGAGGACCAACUGACCAAGGGGAGGCGACAGCAGCAUCUCAGCAGGCAGCUCCGACCCGGACACCAGCAGUUAGCCGAUGGUACAGUCUCGUAUACUCCUCGAGCAACUAGUCUUUUCUUCUUUUAGUGAAGGGAUUUCUCCCCUGAAAUCUUCAGAGGUUUGAUAGUACUUGACAGCCAUCGGCUAAAAGGGAGUAAGAGAUACACACUGAUUA